UGUGCUCCAGCAUGGCGGGCUUGGAGCUGCUCUCCGAUCAGGGGUACCGGGUGGAUGGCAGGAAGGCCGGGGAGCUCAGGAAGAUCCAGUGCCGGAUGGGAGUGUUCGCUCAGGCUGAUGGCUCCGCGUACAUCGAACAGGGCAACACCAAGGCCCUGGCUGUGGUCUAUGGCCCGCAUGAGAUCCGUGGGUCCCGCAGUAAAAUGCUGCACGAUCGUGCUGUUGUGAACUGCCAAUACAGCAUGGCCACCUUCAGCACCGGAGAACGGAAACGCCGUCCACAUGGUGAUCGCAAGUCAUCUGAGAUGACGUUACACCUGAAACAGACUUUUGAAGCCGCAAUUCUUACCCAGCUUUACCCGCGUUCACAGAUUGAUAUCUAUGUGCAGAUCCUUCAGGCUGAUGGGGGUAAUUACUGCACCUGUGUAAACGCAGCCACUCUGGCAGUGAUCGACGCUGGCAUCCCCAUGAAGGACUAUGUGUGCGCCUGCUCGGCAGGUUUUAUUGAGGACACUCCACUGGCCGAUUUAAGUUACGUGGAGGAAGCAGCCGGUGGUCCCCAGCUGGCAUUGGCCCUGCUUCCCAAAUCAGAUCAGAUUGCACUCCUGGAAAUGAACUCGCGGCUGCACGAGGAUCACCUUGAGCGAGUGAUGGACGCUGCUAGUAAAGCCUGUAAGGAUGUCUAUGCUGUGCUGGACCAGGCGGUGAGGGAACACCUGCAAGAAGUCAGCACGAUGCUGGGGGAUAGGGGAUCGGUGUAAAGGGCGCUAAGUCAUACGUUACAUGUGCUCUUUCUGGUUCUACUGUCUUCAUUUCCUGGGUUCUAGAUGGCGUUAACAAAGGUCUGUGAGAAGAGUACGGAAUAGAUACCACAGGAUUUAUAGCUCCCUGUUUUGGGAAGUCUAAAACUCCAGAUGUUGACAGAGUUUUGUUUAAAUCAAAAAAAGGAGUUACGUUUGUCAAAAUGUAGAGCUGUGACAUUCAGCAAAGGAUGUUGUUGGUUAAUGUAUAAUUAAUAGAUGCUGAAUCUUCAGAUCAUGGCUGA